AUGAAACUCAUCCAUACCGAAGUCUCGAGAUACUUUAAGUAUGUCACGUUCUCUCACCGCUGGGGUGAACGCGAGCCAUUAAUACACGACGUCGAGGGCCGGCCGAUAUAUGCUAUGUCAACAGAUGGGGGCUUUGGAAAGCUCCAAGCGUUCUGUCUUGUUGCCUGCGAGUGGGAUUACUUGUGGGCAUGGAGCGACACGUGCUGUAUAGAUAAAAAUAGCAGUGCCGAGUUACAAGAAGCUAUAGGAUCAAUGUUCGCAUGGUAUCGACGGUCUUCCCUGACUAUCGUGUAUCUUUCCGACGUUCCCGAUGCAGGUUCGUUCGAGGGCAGCGAGUGGUUCAGACGUGGGUGGACCCUCCAAGAACUACUGGCUCCUCGCCGCAUAUUAUUCUACACCCGAAUCUGGUCACUUUACAAGAACCUCACAUCUUCGAACCAUAAAGCCGAUGCUGCUGUGCUGGAAGAGCUAGAGAGGGCAACGGGAAUAGAGUCCCGGUUUCUUACCAACUUUUUUCCAGGUAUGGAUGACGCACGUUCCAGACUCCAAUGGGCGUCACUACGUUGUACUACUCGGCCUGAAGAUGUUGCUUAUUCGCUCUUUGGGAUCUUCAACCUUCACCUGCCCGUUCUUUAUGGCGAAAGUGCCGAGAACGCGCUUGGCCGUCUCUUGGCCGAAAUCAUAUCACAGUCCGGAGACAUCUCGGUUUUGGAUUGG